AUGUCAAAAAUAUCAAACAAACAAAGGUUCUCAUAUAGUUUUCAUAACUUAAUAAAAAAUGAGAAGCGUUAUUUAAAAAAGCAAAAAACCAAAGUAAUUCAAAGAAAAAUAAGUGAAAAUUUGAAAUCUGCGUCAGUCAAGAGGAGUGUAGAUCCAGUUUUUCACGGACAUCCAAAAACAAGGGAAGAACUGUGGCAUGAACAUUUUUUGAGCAAGAGCUUGGGUUACGACCAAACACCGUCCCUCAUUAAACUAAUUAACAAUAUAACAUUGACCUACCUAAAUGAUUGCACCCCAGUCAUACUUUACGAUGAUCAAAUAAAAUCCCAGGAUAGCUAUUUAUUUCAGAAUCUGUUUAAAAAUUUCCCUGUCUCUUUUAUGCAUGGAUAUAUAGGAGAAAAAGAUUAUUUAGAAGAACCAAAAUUGUUACAACCCCUAAAAAACUGCCAUCAUUUUAUUGUAUUUCUUAACGAUGUCAUUAGAAGUAAUAAGGUAUUAGGUAAGCAAUCUAAGAGCAAGGUCAUUGUGAUAGCGAGAUCUUCUCAGUGGGCUAUACAAGAAUAUCUCGCAGGACCUAGAUCUAAAUUUUUAGUUAAUUUGCUUGUUAUUGGACAAAGUUUCAAAGAUGACGAAAAUAUGGAAGCUACCUUCAUAUUGUAUACUCACAUUCUAUACACAGACGGAUUGGGCACUAGCAAACCGUUAAUAUUGUGUUCUUGGAGUCAUGGAAAAUUUUCACGAAAAGUCAACUUAUUUCCAACUAAAGUGACUAAAGGCUACGCCGGGCAUAGAUUUUUGGUAGCCGCAGCAAAUCAGCCACCUUUUGUAUUUCGAAGAAUACAAACGGAUGGGGAUGGUGGAAAUCCAAGAGUAGUUUGGAAUGGCCUUGAAAUAAAACUUUUAAAGUUGCUUGCAGAAAGAAACAAUUUUUCUAUCGAAAUAAUUGAACCUCGUGAACUUCAUUUAGGAUCUGGUGAUGCUGUAGCAAAAGAAGUAAUAUUAGGUCGAGCUGACAUAGGCAUAGCAGGACUGUAUAUAACGAAUGAAAGAGCUCGUGAUAUGGAUUUGAGUAAUGCUCAUUCUCAAGACUGUGCAGUAUUCAUAACAUUAGCUUCUACUGCACUCCCUCGAUAUCGAGCGAUUCUUGGUCCAUUCCACUGGCAUGUCUGGGUAGCUUUAACGUUUACGUACUUAAUCGCCAUUUUCCCAUUAGCUUUUUCAGACAAACAUACUUUACGUCAUUUAAUACAAAAUAAAGGUGAAGUUGAAAAUAUGUUCUGGUAUGUUUUUGGGACGUUCACAAAUUGUUUUACUUUUGUUGGGGAAAAUUCUUGGAGUAAAACCACCAAAAUAACUACACGAUUAUUAAUCGGAUGGUACUGGUUAUUUACAAUUAUUAUAACGAGUUGUUAUACCGGAUCAAUAAUUGCUUUCGUAACGUUACCCAUAUUUCCCGAGACGGUAGACACGAUAUCUCAGCUUUUGGCGGGAUUUUAUCGCGUUGGAACUCUGGAUCAUGGUGGGUGGGAAAGGUGGUUCUACAAUUCGUCGGACCCACAAACCAAUAAGCUUCUGAAGAAGUUAGAAUUUGUACCCGACGUAAGAACUGGCAUACAAAACACUACUAAAGCAUUUUUUUGGCCGUAUGCAUUUUUGGGAUCAAAAGCAGAACUGGAAUACAUUGCACAGGCAAAUUUUCCAAAAUCUGAAUCAAAACGUUCUCUUCUUCACGUAUCGAACCAAUGCUUUGUACCAUUUGGAAUCAGUUUGAGUUUUCCAAACAGUUCUUUAUAUGCUGCAAAGUUUAGUGAAGAUAUCAGCAGAAUGGUACAAAGCGGUAUCAUAGAUAAAUUCCUUGACGAAGUUCGGUGGGAAAUACAGCGUACAAAAUCUGGAAGACUGUUAUCAGUGAGCAGUGGCUCCUUAAAGAUAAAUUCGAUAGAAGAAAAAGGAUUAACGUUAGAAGAUACGCAGGGUAUGUUUCUGUUACUGGGUGCAGGAUUUCUCAUAGCAGCCACUGCACUUAUAUCUGAAGUGAUGGGAGGAUUUUCAAAACGAUGCCGAAGUAUAAGAAGAAAUAUUAGAUCUACUAGACGUUCGAAAGAUGUCAUCGUCACUCCUAUAACGUCUGUGAAGAAAAUAACAAAAAACGAUGUCAUUAAAAAAAGAUUACAAUACGAUGAUAAAUCUUCAAGUUUUGAGUCUGGAUAUGCUUGUGAUGGUCAAAUUAUAACUGUAACACAGGAUAGCAUUAUAAUACACAACGAUUCUAAUAUAAGCAAUUGGGAUUCUAGAAGGUCCAGCUUACUCGACUCGGAUUAUGAAAUUGAAGAAAUAUUUGAGGAUAAAAACCACACAGAGAGACAAUCAGCCCAUGAGAUACGAAUUAAUAGUGCGUCAAAAGGUACAUUUGGAGAUUUUGUUGAAAAAUAA